AACAUCUGGACCUCAGGAGGAACAUCUGGCCCUCAGUUGAGUGACAUUGCUUACCUGAGUGGAUGUGAUCAGCCACAUUAAAUAAAACAUAAUGAAUGAUGUAAUCAAUCAUCACAUGUUAUUAGUCUCAUAUUCCCAGUUUGUCUCAGAACUUCUGUUCUUAACUCAACAAAAGUAAUAACAAAACUAAAACUUUAUUAGCAGGAGCAACAUUAGAAACUAAUGUUAAAUGAGCUGAUCAUGUGUUUCUGUUUCAAAUUAAAUACGAAUGAAACGGACAGUCUGGUCAAAUAAUAAUUAUGACUAAGUUAUUAGUUAUGUUAUAUUUUCUUAACCUCUGUCCUUUCUAAAGAAACUCACUCUUCCUGUUUUACAAAGUAAAAAAUCGCUGGUUUAGUUAUUUGAAAUAAUAAUAAUGAUGUCCCAUCAUGCCCUGCGGUGUGUCUGUCCGCUUGUCAAACACCUGUAGUGUGUUUCCGGACAGUGCGGGGAUCGAACCUGUGCGCUGCUGCUCUGUGUGACCUCUGACCUCUGACCUUCACCUCCACUCUGUGACGUGUGAUGAACAACUAUGAGGUCGUCCGUCAGAUCGGAGAGGGUGCGUUUGGAAAAGCCUUCCUGGUCCGAGAGAGGGGUGGAGACAGACAGUGUGUGGUCAAACAGAUCGACCUCCGGAAGAUGUCCCCCAGGGAACAGGAAGCGUCCAGGAAAGAGGGGACGCUGCUGUCGGAGAUGAGACACCCCAACAUCGUGUCCUUCUCUGCCUCAUUUCAAGAGAGAGGAAGCCUGUACAUCGUUAUGGAGUAUUGUGACGGAGGAGAUCUGAUGAAGAAGAUCAACAUGCAGAGAGGAGUCAGCUUCACUGAGGAGCAGAUCCUCAGCUGGUUCACUCAGAUCUGUUUGGGCCUCAAACACAUUCACGACAGGAAGAUUCUCCACAGAGACGUGAAGACUCAGAACAUCUUUCUGUCCAACGGAGGGAUGAAAGCGAAGCUGGGCGACUUUGGAAUCGCAAGAAUGUUGAAUAACACCAUGGAGCUCGCCAGGACGUGUGUCGGGACGCCGUCCUACAUCUCACCAGAGAUCUGCGAGAGUCGGCCGUACAACAACAAGACGGAUAUCUGGUCUCUGGGCUGUGUCCUGUAUGAACUCUGCACCCUGAGGCAUCCAUUUGAGGGCAGCAGUUUGCGACAGCUGGUCAGUAAGAUCUGCAGGGGGCGCUACAGCCCAGUUCCCAGCCGCUACUCCUACGACCUCCGCCUGCUGGUCACCCAACUCUUCAAGGUGAACCCCAGAGACCGUCCCUCGGUCAGCUCUGUCCUCGCUCGUCCUUUCCUGGAGAAGCACAUCAGCAAACACCUGGAUCCACAGGUGAUGCAGCAGGAGUUCAGUCACUCGAUGCUCCAUCAGAACAGAGCAGCAGCAUCACGAGCAGCCAGAACCAGAGCAGCAGAGAAGGUCCAGAGGCGGAGAGGAGCCGAGAGGCCGGGGGCCCGGGGCCCGGGGGGGCCACCUGCCAGGCCCGACUGGAGGGUCCCACUCAGAGCCGAGACACCCGCCUACCACAGACCUCUUCAUCAAAGAGCAGCACAACCAGCGGCAGAGAGCGACGUCACAGAGCAGCACAACCAGAGGUUCAAGGAGCCUGUCGGUCACUACCAGCUGUACCACGCUCAGCUGGACGUCCUCCAGAGGAAGAGCGAGGAGGACGUCCUUCCUCCUGAUAGGGAGCAGCCGUGUGAAGACCACGCCCCUCGUCCUGCGGAGCCGUAUCAGCUUGUGGCAGCAGCUCGUCAUGAAUACCUGCAGAGGAGACUGGAGGCAAACCAGUACAAGCUGAGAGCAGAGAAGCAGCUGGGUCUGCGUCCGUGCACAGCCGAGCACAAAAGGAGGCCUGGAGGUCGGGAGCGGGACGUGGGACGAGCCGAGCACCAACACACACCUCAGGACAGAAGACAGGAAGGACAACAGGAGUACCUGCGUCAGUUGGAUGUCAUCAGGCAGCAGUAUCACCAGGAGAUGAAACAGAUGAGACGAAGAGCUGAAGCUGAGUCUCAUUCACAACAGAAACAUGGAACCUUCGUGGUGGAGAAAGCCAGAGAAGCUGGAGCAGCCGGCACAGAGCAGCAGGAAGCUGCUCUACAGGACAUGGAAGCAGCUCUGAGGCAAGUGAGAGACGAGAGCAGAGCUCUGCAGGGACAUCCCAGAGACAAGAAGGGAAUCAUGUUUGAGAUUCCGUUAGAUGACGAGGAGAAAGAGGGCGUCGACCCACUGAACCAGACCCUGAGCUUCCAGGCGGGGGAGGAGUUGAAGCUCAAGGAUUGGUUGGAGAAAAGAAGGGGGUGGAGUUUGAGGACACCGCAGACUCUGCUGGACGCACUCGCCAACAUGGACGUCCACUCCGACUACGAUACUGAAACUAACGAAGGUGAGGAGGCAGAGGGUCACAGACAGUGGGUAGACGCCCCCCCCACCACGCUGCUGAACGCUCUCAGUCAGGCUGAACUUGCUUCGUCCACUCUGGACUCAGUGACCACCGAUCUAGAGCCAGAGGCUGAAGAAGAGGAGGAGAAGAGAGAGGAAGAAACAGAAGAGAAGCAGGAGGAGGAGGAGGAAGAGGAGGAGGACUCUGAUGUGGAGAUGGAUGAAGAGCGACUGGAGCCGAGGUCAGACGACGAAGACACGAACUUUGAGGAGUCGGAGGACGAACUGAGAGAAGCGGUGGCCGACUCCAUGAACAACCUGUUCGUCAUGGAGGACGGGAGCUCGGACGGGACUGACGGCUCAGAGACAGUGGGGGACGAUGGGAAGGAGGAUGGCGAGGACGGGUCUGCAGCGAGUGCAGCAGACCCUCAACAAGUCGUUUUGUCCGAGCCCAGAGAACCUGAGUCCCUGAGUCCCAGGAGAACGAUCACACGUCUGUAGAUACACAGCCUCAGACAAGCGCACUCAAGUGGUUGUGAAAGAGGAUUUCACAUCCUGAUGAACACCAGCGCUCAGCUGCUUCCUGCUGACACAUCAAUCUGUAAACAACUCAAAAAGAUUUGGUUUCCAGUCAAAGGUUUCCUGAAGCAGCUGCUCAUUCAUCAAUCAUAAUUAGUGUGUGUGUGUGUGUGUGUGUGUGUGUGUGUGUGUGUGUGUGUGUGUGUGUGUGUGUGUGUGUGUGUGUGUGUGUGUGUGUGUGUGUGUGUGUGUGUGUGUGUGUGUUGUGAUGAAGGAAUGUGUAAAGGCUCAUUACUGAGGAAACAGACGCAGUACCACCGACAUGCUGAGGGGGCAGUGUCGCAGAUAGUUUAUACGAAACAACCAUAAGAUACAAAGACAUUUUAACAAUAACCAAAUGCUUUGAGGAUGAUAAGUUAAAACGCUUGGUGUGGUCAGACACUCGGCUCUGCCCUCUAGUGGAUGUUUUGCUUAACAACCAUGCUAAUGCAAAGCACACGUGGGAGUACGUGAGCAGUGACGGCUUCAUGCUUUGAAAUGGACGCAGCACUUUUCGUACGUCCAGGCAGAAUAAACAAGUCUUCACAGUU